UUUUGUUUGAUUUCUGGCUUUAAGCUAAUCCCGCCCUGUUAAGGAUCCUUCACCAUCGCCCUUGGUUCCGCUUCUGAAUCGUCGUCGUCUUCACUUCAUUCUCCGAUGACUGCUUCAACUUGCAACAGCAGCAUCUCUUCUUCAUUACAUUGCUCGAUUCGGUCAGAUCCGCCAUCAAAAACGAGACUGUAAGCGUUUCUUUAGUUACCUAAUCUUCCAAAAUUUCCGAGCUCACUUUGAUUCUUUCUCACGAUUCUUCAAUACCAGGUCUCUCUUUCCCACUCUCUUUCUCUCGUAGUGUAUUUACUUUGUUUGUAUGUAUGUUUAUGCGUUUUAGAUUUAGUUUCACUUUCUGGUUUGAUUUUGGUUUCUUCCUUGCAUAUUCGAAGAAAGUAGAUUAAGGUUGUGGAGUUUUGAAGCUCUCGCGUAGUGUUUCAUUUUCUCCAACUAUUUUUCAGCGAUUGAAAAUUGAUUCAAAUAUUGAUUUGAAAGUUAGAAUUUAUAUCGCUACAUGAAGGAGAUUGAAGGAGAAGGUGCUUGACUUUCUAAUUUUGUAUGAUCAAAACGUGCGAAUACUUAGGUAGAUUAUGUAGAACAGGAUUAUAGCAACGAUAGAAGGUAUAACUAUCAAAUGAGAGAAAAGGAUUAGAAAAAAUAUAGCACCUGAGAAUCCAAGUUAUUUAGAGAUGGAGCAAGAUUUUAGGGUUUAAAUUCCCUUUCAAGCGAGGGACAGAGAGAGGGAAGAACAGAGGCUAAUAACUUUUCUUAAUUUUAUUAAAUUCAUCGUGCGGAAAUAUUCUCUGUCCUUUUUCUUUUACCUUUUUCUUCCGGAGGACGACGGACGUCGGGAAUCUUAUUUCAUUUAAGCGCGGCGGCGAGGAGCUGAAACAGAGGGGAGGAAAUUAACAAAGACUCCAAAAUCGAACCGCGUCAAUUCUUAUCGGAGUUCCAUCGUUUACUAGAAAUAGAGCUCAUCGAGCUCCUGGCGGCGGCGGUGGCACCAAAUCGUACGGUAAGGAUAGAAUGCUAUUGCAAUUAGCACAAAUGUCCUCGGAAAAAAUAAGGGAAAAGGAAAGAAAAUGAAUCGGGGAAAAUAUGGAAAUAAUAACGAUAGGAGCAAUGGAAGAUGCGGAGGUAAUUGGAGGAUUGAUGGCGGUGCAGUUCAUAUACGCCGGAAACUCGGUGUUGCUGCGUUAUUUGAUGUCGUUAGGGCUCAAUCCGUUUACCGUCGUCAUUGUUAUUGCCUCUGCAACUUUUCUCUUUCUCUGUCCUCUUCUCCGACUCUAUAUCUUUUUCUCGCAGAUGAAUUUGAUGAACGAUGUGCAUACCCAGGAGCAUUUGGCUCAAGAAAUUGAGUUUCAUGUUGCUGCUUCAGCUUGUUCUGAUCUCCUUUCGCAGAGGAAUAGUGAUUGGCAUAAGCUUGAGGUUGAACGGAUGGGCACGAAGAAAAGAGGGCCAGUUUUGGUGUCAAUUUUCAGGCCAUUGGAAUGGAACCGUUUUCUCCGUCAUUCUCUCUGUCUCCACCUUAGGGAACACUAUUAUUUCCAUUUGAAGUGUUUUGGGCGUGGGGACACUACUUUGAUUGCAAGCCAAGAAUUUCAUUAGUACCAAAGUUUGUUGCAAUUGAUUUCUUCUUCAAAAUCAACCUUAUACGGAAAAAGAGAUAGAGCUUCAAAACAAAGACUCCUAAGGUAUCGAAAAGAUGGUGCCUUUAUUUAUUACUUUUCCAUUGUUUUUGUGAAUCUUUUGAAGGAGAGUUUCUUUUUCUUGCUUUUUGGGAAGAAUAUUAUUUUUCAUUUGGUAAUGCCUUUUCUUAGUCUUGUUGGCUUCUAACUUGCGUCUUUUCUUAGUCUUGAUUUGGAGUCUAAUUUCUAUUUUCAAACCAUCAUGUUUAACUAUUUGAAUUUUGAGUUUCAUUUGUAUUAUUUUUUGAAAAUUAUUACUGAUUUACGCUUUCCUUCCUUCGAAUUUUGAAUUCUAGUUCGUAGCAGAAAAAACACGAGGAUCGAACUCAAAUGAAAAGCAACAAGUCCAUAGCAUAGGAAGUUUUAGCUCUAUGACUGAGAAGAAAUAAGAAAGAAAAAUACAUAGCAUAGGAAGUUUUAGCUCUAUGACUGAGAAGAAAUAGGAAAGAAAAAUAGAUUCCUAUCUAGAAGUGGUUAUUUAUUGAGUCUUGAAUGUUUGGCAAAUAAAAAAAAUAUCCUCUUCAUCUCUCAGAUUUUGAAUCUAGUUUCUGUUUACUUUAGUUUCCCCAAAAUGUCUCAUACUAAUGGAGAUUGUGUCCCUUACUUAUGUACCCAUGAGCUUCCUGUUCAUUAGCCAACGUGGAACUCAAACAAUCUUCAACAAUCUUCACAUGAGACAAAGUACACCAUAUAGCCUCUCCUAAGGCCUAUCUACUUCUUUGGAGUCCUUUAACAACCUUUGUUUAAUCGAGGUUCAACUCCUUCUUUCGAGCCCUUAGAGAAAAUACACCCUCUAUUCAACACGUGACUCACUAAAACUAUGCUUUCCAAGUUCACAACUUUUAAAGAAAAAUAUUUUUACAAUGGAUUCUUUUAAAAAGCCACUCAACAAUUUUUAUUUUAAUAUCUUUUUAUGUUUUGAAUUGAACUAAAGUGAGAGAAAAAAAAAAAGAAUGGAAUUUGAGCAAUCCAAUUAAGUUUGAAUAAUGGUGGAAAAAGGUGGAUUCCUUGGAAUUUUCCCCCCUUUUCUAUACUUUUUUGUGUGAUAUUUGAUUCACUUCCCCAUCUUUUCAAUGGAUUGUUUCUUUUGUAGUUUUGCUUUAUAAGUUUAACAUCUUCUUUUCAUAAUGUUUGUAGUGAAGUUUCCAUAAAAGAAAAAAAAAAA